AACGCCUGCUCAAGUGAACAAAACCUAGAGGUUCCACAGGCUGCACGUAGUAAUUUGCAAACAAUGCACCAGACGUUGCGCAAAUGAAUACUGGCUUGGCCUCAGCUCUGUGCUAGCAUUCAGUCUGCUGUUGAGACAGGUAAUACCAAGGCUAUGUAGAAGGAAUCAAGUAGGCACUUGGUCCUUCUCAGAGGGUUAACACCCCCCUUCUGCUACAGGCGAGAUGUAUCGAGAUGUAAUCUGCUACAGGCGAGAUAAUCCUGGACGGAGCCCAACAGAAGGAGCGCUUUGUAGACUAUUACUUUGAGAGAAUUUGGUGCCUGAAGAAGCCCUGAACGUCAUAAAGUGCUUACCUGUUCUGGAGGAGCUGGAUAUUGAACCUACAGAAGAGGAGGUGAAAGAGGCCCUGGGCUCGCUUUCUUCUGGAAAAGCGCCCUGUCAGGACGGUUUUGAGCUGAAAUCCUGAAGUGCAUGCAGCAAAGACGAUGCCUUUAGCAAGUUCUACGAAAUCCUGUCUGCGCUGGCAAGAGGUUGAGGUACUAUAAGACAUGAGAGCGGCAAACAUAGGGAGAGACUGCUUCAACUAACAAGGCAUCACACUCCUUACCAUCGCUGAAAAACUGUUUAAGUUGUCCUAAAGCGACUCCAAGCGCUUGCAGUGGGAGUUUAUCCAGAGACACACUAUGGUUUCCAGGACAAACGUACAACUAUUGGUUUGAUAUUAUCCACCAGACAAUUACAUGAAAAAUGUGGGAAACAGCAACACCCACUGUACAUCUCAUUAAUUGACCUCACUAAGGCUUUUGAUCUAUUAAGCAGAGUUGGGCUCUUCAAGAUCCUCCCAAAAAUUGACUGCCCAGCGAAAAUCCGAUCGGAAUCAUCAAAUCUUUUCAUAAUGAUCAACCACUGAUACCUUUAAUAUAGUUCCCACCUUAUUUGGAAUCGUCUUCGUCAUUCUGCUGAAACACGCCUUUGGACCUUCAACUGAAGGAAUGUACCUCCGAACGAGAUCUUAUGGUAAAUUCUUCAGCCUUGCCAGAUUGAAAGCCAAGAUUCGUGAGAAGCACUUACGCAACUUCCCUUGCGCCGAUGAUGCAGCAGUAACCACACACUCCGCGGAUAAACUACAACAACACAUGAAUCCCUUUAGCUCUCCCUGUAAGUACUUCAGACUUACUAUCAACCUGAGGAAAACACAAGUAACUGGACAAGAUGUCAACAGUCCACCUAACAUCAAAAUAUUUGACCAGCACCUUGAAGUUGUUCAUAAUUCUACAUUCAUUUUCUCUACUUGAAGAGAAAGUCUCCGCGAUAUUGGGUUGAACAAGAGAAUAGAAAAAGUAGCAACCACGGUGUUUAGUCAUUCAAAGAGAGCAACAAACUGACCCAACACACCAUGGUCAUGGUAUAUAAAGCUUGCGUGCUGAGUACCAUCUCGUGUGGUGGCGAUUCCUUGACUUUUCUUGUCAACGAGAAACGCAAAUGUAACGAGGCUGAACUCAGUUUGGUUGGUUGUGAGUUGUCACCAUUCAUUGGGGUUUUUGUGACCAAUAUGAAGCUCAAAAUUGGCGCGGAUAAGAUACAUCUAUACCGCAUUACGUUUAUUGGGUUAAAUGUAAGAUAUCGGUCGUUGCUAUGGUAACAUGCAGGGGUUUCAAAAAGCACCGACGACCACCGAAUCGUGUCAAUUACUUUCCUCAGAUAAGCCGGCCCUUUUUUUUUUUUUUUUUUUUUUUUUUUUUUUUUCCCAAAAGAAGAAACAACAAGUUUUAAUUAUUUCGUCAAAAAAAGAAUAAUAAUAAUAUCAUAAAAUAGAAAUAUAACUGAUAAUAUUGCAUAAAGGCAGUCUACUUGUAUUUUAUGCUUUUAUAGUUAAGAAAAUGCGGUAUUUUAGUCAUACCCCGGAAGCUAGCGCCGUUUUGCUUAACCCAGUGACGAUGGAUUUUGAUAGAUUAGAGCACCUUAUUUUUGCCUAGCUAGGUGGUUCGUGAUUUCAAUUUUAUGGGUAUGUUUUGAAAACCCGACAACAGUGAAAAUAAAUUAAACAAGAAAGCGAGGCUGAAAGUCGCAGCCAUAUAAAUUCUAAGAAACACACUCCACGAGAAAAGCAACAUGCUCAUACAUCUUCUUAGACUUCUCCCAGAUACUUUUAGCGAAAGCUUUGCCGUUUGUUCGCUUGAACGUUUGAACGACUAUUUCGGAAACCUGUGUAAAUUUCUCAAGAGGUAAGUGUACCCGAGAUAAACGAAAGGCAAGUUUGGGCAAAAAAAAUUAAAUAGCAAAAAGUUGUAAAUUUCACGAAACGAAAAUCUCCGCUUACAUACCAGGAGUCCUAGUCCCCUUCCCCGCGGUCUGCAAAGCAAAUAAGGGAAUCCUUUAGUACAAACGGACACUAAAAAGGCAUGUAGGUGAGAAAUAAAAGAAACUCUGUACACUAUGGAAAACAGGAGGCUGAACUGCUUUUUCUCAAAGAUGUCAACAUUCAUGACUGAAACGUCCUUUUCAGUUUAAGGAAUGAUAUUCAGAAUCGUUACAUCAAAGAUUUUAUACACAAAACAAAACAAAAAAGAAUCGAGAAUAUUAUAUUUCCGUACGGAGAUAAAUUAAGUUUACAUAAAUUCUAGCCUCAACUUGAAAGGUUGAGCAUGAAAGUGGUUCCUUCGUAAGCUAAGAGGCCUAAAACGUCGUUAAGAAAGACUUCUAUCCAAAAAUAUGAAAUAGCUCAAAAUUGCCCUUUUUUUCCCCCUCACUUACUUCCCCUUUCCCACGGUGAUUGCAUUCUAUCGUGUUAAAGGGACAGGUUCAGGUUCAGCGCAUGCUCAUAAAUUAAAUUGCUUUUUUCCAAUUUAUUAUUAAUUCUAUCGGUUAAUAAUCCCACUCUCAUGUAUCUCAGCGAUCUCAGAGUGUAUUUCAAAGUAGAAGUGUAUUUCAGAGUAACCUGAAGUGGGAUGGAGGAGCACUAAAAUCGCGGAAAAAUUAGUGGAUUAUGCCAACACUACCAACGGUGAAUUUAUUGUUGACCCCAAGGUUUUAUUCCAUGGUUGAUUAAUUUACAGCUAAUUGCAUCCAAGUUGAUCAAGUAACUGCCAGGGGAGUGUGCAGAUUGGUUCUUUGACAUUAUUAUGACAUGAUCAUAUUGCUUUCAUAGACGAUACAGGAUGUUCCGGCAGAAAAACAUCAUUUUGAUUAACAAGCAUGCGCUGAACCGUGAACCUGUCCCUUCCAAAAAACUCCGCUGAUCAUUGGGACGGUAUACGUAGAUCGAAUUAAGAUUAAUUAUAUUAUAUAAGCAGCUACAAACAGCCCUGGACAGGAGGUUGAAGCAGCUAUCGCCAUUCAGCGAGUCACAGCUGUCCCAUACUUUCUGUAAAUUGCACGUUUCGACAUAUUUUACGUCUGUUUCGAUUAUUUCGCGGUGAUCGCUCAGAUAUCGAUAAAUCUUCAUCAGCAACAUGUCUUUUGUACAAUGAUGGAGUGAAAGAGGACUCGAGUCCCACGUUGCUAAGGAAAUAUCAGGAAGAGGAAGAAGAAGAAGCCGUGAAAAGCCUGGCAAUGAUUUUUUUCUACACUCUUUUACCCACGACACCCACGACCCACACCCAAGACCCACGACAUUUAGUUACACUCUCAGUUUUGUCGUCCUAUGUAAAUAAUACAACGGGAGUAUCGCCGAUAAUCUGUGUGAAGUGCCAGCGGGAAGUUUUGAAAUUUUCGAAUUGGAAAAAUUCCGGAAAAAAUGUAACGAGGCCCUAAGAAAUCAGUUGGCAGAGGACCACUUGACACGACAGAAGCGCUGCACUAAGGAUUCCCCGGCCGAGUCGGGUCUAAACGACAGACUGAAAAAAAAAAUCCGUUUUGCAUGAGCCGCUUCAGCCUUCAAAAGAAGGCAAAAGUCACAUUUACAUUGCUUGUUUGCUUGCUUAUAUCGAGCGAACUCGAACUCCAUUAACUGUAGCUUCAUCCAUUCCUUCCGGUUUCCCAUGAUGCUCUUCAGUUCAGCAAUGCUCAUACCAGUAUCAUUUUGUUGUUGCUGGUCUUCCUCUCUUUCUUGCGCAGUGCUUUGGUUCCCAUAGUAGAAGAUCACUUAUCACCUCAUCCUUUUUUCUCCAUUUACAUUGAAGCGAUUGAUAAACCAACAUUCAAAGGACACGGCAUCGUAACGAAUUUUACAUCAUGGUUCCACCAAAGACGUGACAAAACUAGCGUUAAAGAAUAAAUGCUGAGUACAGCCACACAUUGUACUCUGAGAUCGUGUAAACCUCAACUGUACGGAGACAUUAAAAGCAGAUACCUUAGAUAACAGCAUCUAUGGAAAAUUACUUUUGCACGAAUCUUAUAAAAGGGACAAUUUAUUCAACAGGCGGGAAUACGCGCGUAGUGAAUAAAUCGUCUAUUGCAUAAAAUUUGCUGGUAAACUUUCACAUUUUUCCUUAUUGAACAUAAACUGUACCGAGGCGUGUCGGUGACUGACGUCUCGACAAUCUGUGCGGUAGUCAUCUUCAGAGUCAAACUGAGUUGCACCACGUCAGUUAAUGAUAUAAUGUCAAUGAGCCUGAAAUCAUUUCAGAGUAGAGUAUAAUAUAAUAAUAGUAUAAUAUAAUAGUAUAAUAUGCAAUAUCCUCUAGACCCGAGGUCGUAAUACAUUCUAAACUCGACCCCUAUCAUGAAAAAUCCCAGAUUCUAUGACCACCUUUAUCGCUUUUCCCUGAGCCUUGUCCUCUUAAUUACUUCAAUUUACUGACACUCAUCGAAAGCAGAAUAACACGUGCUCGACGUAAAGUAUCAACUUAGUUUAAAAAUUCGUGUCCAAUUUUUUUUUUCAGAGACGUGGAAAAAGAUCAAUACCGGCCCAGUCUGCUUUGGAGCUCGAGAUGACUCAUAUGGGGCUUUCAACAUCAGAGAGAGUGGGGUCAUUCAUACCUUUAAACUCGUUCAUCUGAGUGGGUCAAUUAGCUGUAACCCCAAUUUUUCUCCUUCCUAUUGGGGAUGUGUCAAUCCCUGGUUUGAAGACCGGAGACUCAUGACUGUCUUAACGUUCAAGGACAGUUCCGCUCUUUUGUUGGCAAAUUACACGAAAAAAGGAGGUUGUGACUAUUCAUAUAAGAUCGAAGGUGUAGGUGUUAAUGAGACCGAACUUCGAUUUAACAAUCUUCCCUCUCCAAUAUCUGUGUCUGUUGGAGAUAAGUUUCAAAUUUGGUACACACAAGACUUAUAUUACUGUUCAGAAGACAACAACAGCGGUCAGACUUGUGCUGAUGUUUAUGCGUGGUACGCGUGA